AUGGCCUUGACAAUCGACGUAGUUCACGAUUUGAAGAUAGAGAACAAGAAGGAUAUCAUAUUAACAUCUCCACUCUCUCUAGAAGGGACAUCAGAUACCGAUUACAAGGCUCCUAAUAUUCUUCAAUUGAUUUUCAGUCUAUUCAAGAACAUUAGACCUGGAGCUGAUCUUACUCGUUUCAAUCUACCUCCCUUAUUUAAUCUUCCAAAAUCACAACUACAAUGCUAUGGAGAAUUAGUCUAUUGUGUAAACACGGACAUGCUUAGAAAAUGCACGACCGGAGAGAACGCUGUUGAUCGGAUGAUCUCCGUUGUUGCUUGGAAUCUCUCGACUGUUCGUAUGCCGGUGUUUGGAGUCGCCCCGUUCAACCCCAUUCUUGGCGAAACUCACCAUGCGUCUAGAGGCACCUUCAACAUCCUAGCUGAACAAAUUUCUCAUCACCCGCCAGUAUCCGCAAUGCAUGGAACAGACGAGGCUAACAAUAUUGAGCUCAUUUGGUGCCAACAUGCUGUUCCUAAAUUCUAUGGAACCGUCAUAGAAGGAGUGAUACAUGGAAAAAGGACGCUAAAUCUACUAGAAAAGGGAGAAAGUUAUGUGAUGAACUCUCCAAUACUACAAUAUAGGUUAUUACCAAAACCAGGUGCUUCUUGGGUAGGAAAUGUCAAGAUUAAGUGCCAAGAAACAGGACUUGAAGCUGAGCUACACUUUAAAAGUGGUUCUUUUUUAGGCUUUGGAGGGGACAAUGGGGCUAUCAAAGGCAAGAUCUUUGAUUCGUCCAAGAAGUUAUUUGAAAUCUAUGGCCAUUGGGACAGGUGUGUUUAUAUAAAAGAUAUUACGGAUGGAAAAACCAAAGUCCUAUACGGUCCAAAAGGGGUUAUUUCUGCACUUCCUACCCCGAUUCUAAGGGACCAUAAUGAGGGAGUGUGGCAAAGUGAAUCGGCAGGAGUGUGGGCAGAAGUGAGCAAAGCUAUUCUAAGAAAAGACUGGGACAAAGCAAGAGAGGCAAAGAGAGCAGUGGAAGAAAAGGAAAGAGAACUCUUGAAACAAAGGAAAUCAAGGGGAGAAGAUUGGAUUCCUAAGCAUUUUGAUUUGUCUUACACCCCUGAUUCUGGUUGGGAUUGCUCCCCUAAGGAAAAGAUAGUUCCACCGGCUCCGAUUGUCUUCCCUAUUUAAAUUUCUAGGUUCUAUUUCAUUCGGUUUGAAUUUAAUAAUCACAUUAUAAUUUUAAAAAUUACUGUAUAAAGGUGACACCGUGAGUCCAAGACAGUACAA